AUGAACCAAACUGAAUAUCCUGAUAACAUUUCCUACGUUGUAAGUUGUGGAUCGUUGCCGUGUCGAGCUACACUUAUCGCCAAAUAUAUUGGAAUAACGAACACUGUUAUGAUCGUACCGACAGCUGCUGCUAAUGCUCUGGUUAUCGUGGCAAUUCUGACGACGUCUUCUUUACGAACACCGUCGUAUCUUUUACUUUCAAGUCUCGCUUUCAGUGAUCUUGCAGUGGGACUUGUAAUCCAACCUAUUCUUGCAGUGCUAGCAUUUUGGGUUGCAUAUAGCCACACACUACCAUCUCGUUUGCAAAAGGCAAGGCUGGUUAUAACAGAAUUGUUAUUUUUUUCGGUAGCUUUUAUCACAACAGCCAUCAGCGUGGACAGGUACUUGGCCAUACGACUCAAGAUGCAGUACAGAUCUGUUGUCACGAUCCCAAGGACGAGACGUUUGCUGCUUCUGAUAUGGGUUGCCUCCAGUGUCACAGUAUUCGCUAUAAACAUGUCAAAUUUUUUCGUCUGCGUCGUCUUUUUUAUCAUUUGUGUAACAAUAUGCCUACUCAUAAUACUUGUCUCCUACACAAUGUCGUUCAGAGCCCUGAAGAUUCAUUGUGCUCGGACCCAACCACAGGGUAACCUACAACCAAACAGUACAACACAGUCCAAUGUCAUCGAUGUUCUCAAGUACAGAGAAGUGUUGAAGACAAUGAUAAUACUAGUUUUACUGAUAGUGGUAUUUUCCCUACUUUUCUAUGCAAUAGUUUUUAUAUUCCUAGAAAAGAACGAUGGAUAUGUACUUAUUAUCUGGAUUCUAACCAACGUCUCUUACUUAAACUCCAUCAUGAAUCCAGUAAUUUGCAUGGUAAGAAUGAGAGACCUCAGACGAGCUUGUAGAAAUGUAUUGAGGAGAUUAUUGCCCGCAUGCUGGAAGUAA